AGUAAAAACAAGAAAUUAAUAAUAAUAAGUGACAUCUUGGUUGUGUAUUAUGGCUGAGGUUAAUUUUGAGGAAUCCGUUGAAUGGCCGUUUAAUGUCCGGAUCUAUUUUCUAUUUUCAAUUUCAGUUGUUGUAAUGUUGGAUGCUCCUCUAAUCUUAUCGGUGAUUUCUUUCCUGCUAAACAUAGGGCCUUCGUUGUCUUCAUGCACUACUCAUGUAAGUGUUAAGGAUUUAGGCUGUUCCCUGCACUGGAGCUGUUCUGAUGUCAACACCACCAUGACAACCUUUACUGUCCAGGCAAAGGCUCAAGGAGCAGAGUGGCAGGAUGUCCCUCACUGUGUCCAGGUGUCCUCCAGUAGUUGUGAUCUGUCUCAGGUCUUCAGAGAUUUAGAUCUCUACAAUUUUGUCAAGCUGGGACUGAACCAGGAACAUGGAGAAAUUAACUGGACCUCAGCAGUGUUGUGUGACCCAGUCAAAGAUGCAAAUGCAAGUUUUAGUCCCCCCUUACUGUCCCUCUAUCUGAAUGAGAAAGAGCUCUGGGUGGAGGUGAGGAUUCCAUGUGCUCCAGAUGCUCUCUGUGAGACUAUAGAUGAGGAUGAGGAGGGUAAUGAGGAGGGUACUCCACCAUGCUGUCCCAUUAGUGACAACCUACCAUUUGUGAACACCACAGUGACUCUUUAUAAUAAACAUAAUAAGACGUCUAAACAGACUCGCACUGAGGAUGUAAUGGAUAGUCUGUGGAAGCUCCAGUUUGUUGGGCUUGUUCCUGGUCAGGAGUACUGCGCUGUGGCCCGCUUUGUCUCCUCUCCUCUCUCUAACCCAGUGUGUGUUACCAUCCCACCGCUGAAUAACCCAAAUCUUUAUGCCUUGGCUGUGUAUGGAGUCUGCAUUGCUUUUCUUGUCAUUGUGGGGUUUGUGCUGAGGAAAAGGUUGUGUCAGCGUGCUUUGACAGACCUCAGACUCCCUAAAUCUCUGAUGUCCCUUCAGAUUCAGGACCAGGAGGGUUACGUUGUGGAUGAACCGAGACAGACAUUCUUUGAAGAAGAGGAAUCUAUCGUCCAUGUAUCCAUCGUCUCCCUUAACCACACACUUCCUUUGGAAACCCAGGAAACCUCGUCCUACUAUCCAUACCUGCAGAGUCUUGGGGACAGAUAUUACACUACAUCCUUUCUGCAUGACCAGUUUAGUGAUAAAAAUCAGGAGACAGAUUACCACUCGACAGAAAAAGAUGGUGUUACUGAUGCUUGUGUAAUUUCAGCUCAAUAUCUAUGGCCACGUUGGUCAUCUCUUCCUGCUCUCAGAACAGGAAUGGUUUGUUUGUUGGGGAACUUUCUUUCUUCUGAGACCUCAGGGGUUCCCUUAAGCUCGGUCAGAGUAGCUGGAGAUGUACAGAUAGCCAAGACGGGGUCAGAUCAUUCUUUUAAAGCACUUCCAACCCUGUACAAGGGUGGUGAUUAAUCUUGGUUUAUCAGUUUACUUUUCAGCACAGCUGUUUUGUUUUUUUGCUUGUUUUUUAACCCUAUUGCUGAUGUACUGUAUAUGGAAAUGAGAUUUGCCAAGAUGUAUGUCUUUCAAAAUAUGAUCCUUGACUGUAUAUAUAUAAACUUGUGCUUAUGAUCAGCUAGUGUUUCAUUUUAUUUAGCCAUUUGGCAUACGCACUUAUCCAGAGCAACUUACAUUUUAUCUCAUUAAACAUCAGGGCAGUUAAGAGCCUUGCUCAAGGGCCCAACAGUGGCAACUUGGUGGUCAUGGGGUUUGAACUGGGGACCUUCAGAACCGUAGUCCAAUGCCUUGACCACUGAGCUACUCCUGUACCCCUGAUUUCUCCGAUUACUACAAUGGUAAGGCAUGGCAUAAUUGUGAGGUUAGAUAUGGAUAAAGGCACCCAAAACACCAUAACAGAUUAUUAAACUUGUUAAUGUUGCAUAAAAAUGGGCAAAACAUGGCCAGUUGGCGCUGGUUUCUCUUGUGAGGUUAUUAAGACAAAAAUGCAGCUUGUCAUUUUCACUUUUUCGGAAACUGGAAAAGUAUCAACUGCUCCAUCAGUUUUUAAGGUUAUGUACUGCAAAUCUAC